GCUGAUUGAGCUGCACUCCCCAGACAGCAGGAACACACUGGUGCUGCGGUGCCGCGACACGGCCACAGCCCACGCCUGGUUCAGCGCUCUGCAUGCCAACAUCUCCGCUCUGCUGCCCCAGGUCCUGGCCGAGCUCAACGCCACGCUGGGCUCCGGCAGCCCCGUGCCUGGAGGCAGAGAGGUGAAGCACAUUGCCUGGCUGGCUGAGCAGGCACGGCUGGACGGCGGGCGACAGCAGUGGCGGCCAGUGCUCAUGGCAGUGACGGAGAAGGACCUGCUGCUGUACGAUGGGAUGCCCUGGACCAGGGACGCCUGGGCCUCCCCCUGCCACAGCUACCCACUGGUGGCCACCAGGCUGGUGCACUCGGGCUCAGGGCGCCGUUCCCCUGCUCUGGGCUCGGACCUGACUUUCGCCACGCGGACAGGCUCGCGCCAAGGUGUGGAGAUGCACGUGUUCCGCGUGGAGACCCACCGGGACCUCUCUGCCUGGACACGUGUCCUGGUGCAGGGCUGCCACGCCGCCGCUGAGCUCAUCAAGGAGGUGACUGUGGGCUGCACGCGGGGGGGCCGGGAGGUGCGGCUCCCCAUCCACUACGAGUGUGGAUUCACCAUCUCCCGGGAGGAGCCUGGCACCAGCGUCCUCUUCCGCUACCCCUAUGAGAGGCUGAAGAUGUCAGCAGACGAUGGCAUCAGGAUCCUCUACCUGGAUUUCGGGGGCCCUGAGGGGGAGCUGCCAUUGCUUAUCUCACCACCUGUGCCUUGGAGCCUGGUCCCUCCCAUCGUCUUCGUCCUACACACCUUCCUCUCGGCCAAAGUCACCCGCAUGGGGCUGCUGGCAUAG